CGCCGCUUCCCGCGGCCCGGGCCUCCGCCGCCAGCAUGCCGCACGCCUUCAAGCCCGGGGACUUGGUGUUCGCCAAGAUGAAGGGCUACCCGCACUGGCCGGCCCGGAUUGAUGACAUCGCUGAUGGUGCCGUGAAGCCCCCACCCAACAAGUACCCCAUCUUCUUCUUUGGCACACACGAAACAGCCUUCCUGGGACCCAAGGACCUCUUUCCCUACGACAAAUGUAAAGAUAAAUACGGGAAACCCAACAAGAGAAAAGGCUUCAAUGAAGGACUGUGGGAGAUCCAGAACAAUCCCCAUGCCAGCUAUAGUGCUCCGCUGCCAGUGAGUUCCUCGGACAGUGAGGCCCCCGAAGCUGAGCCGGCAGGUGGCAGUGAAGAUGAUGAGGACCGGGGGGUUAUGGCUGUCACAGCUGUGACUGCCGCAGCCGCCAGUGACAGGAUGGAGAGCGACUCAGACUCCGACAAGAGUAGUGACAACAGUGGCCUGAAGCGGAAGGCAUCAGCCUUGAAGAUGUCAGUCUCAAAACGAGUUCGAAAGGCCCCCAGUGAUCUGGAUCCGGCCAGCGUGUCCCCCUCCGAGGAGGAGAAUUCGGAAAGUUCAUCUGAGUCUGAGAAGACCAGUGACCAGGACUUUACCCCAGAGAAGAAAGCUGUGGUCCGGACGCCCAGGCGGGGCCCCCUUGCGGGACGGAAGAAAAAGAAGGCACCAUCAGCCUCCGACUCAGACUCCAAAGCAGAAUCAGACGGGGUCAAGGGGGAGCCAGUGGCUGUGGCCAGGUCAGCGUCCUCGUCCUCUUCGUCCUCCUCGUCCUCCUCCGACUCUGACACGGAUGUGUCUGUAAAGAAGCCUCUGCGGGGCCGGAAGCCAGCUGAGAAGCCACCCCCAAAACCACGUGGGCGGAAACCGAAGCCUGAACGGCCCCCGAGCACCUCGAGCAGUGACAGUGACAGCGAUGAGGUGGACCGCAUCAGCGAGUGGAAGCGGCGGGACGAGGAGCGGAGGCGGGAGCUGGAGGCGCGGCGGCGCCGGGAGCAGGAGGAGGAGCUGCGGCGGCUGCGGGAGCAGGAGAAGGAGGAGAAGGAGCGGAGGCGGGAGCGGGCCGAGCGUGGGGAUGCCCCGCAUGGGGGCAGUGGCGCCAGCAGUGGCGAUGAGCUCAGGGACGAUGAGGAGCCUGUCAAGAAGCGAGGCCGGAAGGGCCGGGGCCGGGGUCCCCAGUCCACUUCUGAUUCAGAACCGGAGGCCGAGCUGGAGAGAGAGGCGAAGAAAUCAGCUAAGAAGUUGCAAUCACAAAGCACAGAGACCGUGAGGAGACCCAGCCAGAAGGAGAAGAGGGGACGUCCUGAGGAGAAACCCCGAGCCAGGCAGGUAAAGGUGGAACGUACCCGGAAACGGUCCGAAGGGUUCCAGCCAGACAGGAAGAUGGACAAGAAGAAAGAACCCUCCGUGGAGGAAAAGCUCCAGAAGUUACACAGUGAAAUCAAGUUUGCCCUGAAGGUUGACAAUCCGGAUGUGAAAAGAUGUCUGAAUGCACUAGAAGAGCUAGGGACCCUGCAGGUGACCUCACAGAUCCUCCAGAAGAACACAGAUGUGGUGGCUACUUUGAAAAAGAUUCGCCGCUACAAGGCCAACAAGGAGGUGAUGGAGAAGGCUGCGGAAGUCUACACCCGACUCAAGUCAAGGGUCCUGGGACCAAAGAUUGAGGCUGUCCAGAAGGCAAACAGAGCUGGUGUGGAGAAGGAGAAGGCUGAGGCGGGGAAAACUGAGGAGACGCUGGCUGGAGAGGAGGCCCCCGUGGAGAAAGCAGGGGAUGAGGCGAACGCUGAUCUCUCAGCCCCCGUGAAUGGCGAGGCCACCUCCCAGAAGGGGGAGGAGCCGGAGGACAAGGAACAGGAGGAAGGGCAGACCUCAGAGGAGGGGCCUCGGUGUGGCUCCUCUGAAGACCUGUUACACAACGACAGCGUAAGGGAGGACCCUGACCUGGAUGGGCUGGGGAGCGACCGGCAGGAGCGAGAGAGGGCACGCAUGGACUCGGAGUCGCUGGACGAUGAGGACAGCUGAACGCUGGCAACCAGGCCCCGCCUGCCACAGACCUUGUAGGCUGCCUGUCUCCUCCCCUCCGCCCAGGGAUCAGAGGACUGUUGGAGACGCCAUGCUGUUUGUUUGUAUUUGUCCCCCUGGGUUUUUUUCUGCCUAAUUUCUGUGAUUUCCAACCCACAUGAAAUGACUAUAAAGGGUUUUUUUUAUGAAAAAAAAAUCACUUUUAUUGGCUUGGUUUUCUAGCAUUAGUGGUGCAGCCAGGCCGGAGCUGGGAACUGUUGCAACUGUCAGGGGCUCUUUCUGGGACAAAGGGUUUUAAAUCGUAGGGUCACCAUUAAUAGUAAAUGUGAACUUAAUUCUUAACGGUGCUCCCAGCCCAGCUGGCCCAGCCCUAGGCCUGCAGUGCAGGAGGGUGGGGUGGGGAGUAAGACUUUUCCAAAAGUGAAGAGAAAUAAAAACCUCUGAACAUUGCAGCUCACACAGAGGCUGUGGUUUGACUCUUCCUAUGUUUGGUGGCCCAGCGCCCAGGCAGGAAGACCAGAGGUCCGGAGGGCAGGGGUGGCUGAGGCUCCAGUGGUCACUGAGGCAGGGCCGGGACAGUGGAGACCAUGCCUUUCCCAGAAGCCUCUGCCUUGCUCCACUGACAUGACUUUCCUGUUGCCAUCUGGACUCCUAGGCAAGACCCAUGGUCCUUAGUAGCCCUAGCCUGACCCAGCCGGGGUGCUGCAGGCUGUCCAUUGUCCCCAGUGUUGGAGCUGUGAUUGCGAGCAACAGGGACAGGCCUAGCUGUGUGGCCCGGGGCAAGUGGCACUCCCACUCUGGGCCUCUCUCUCUCCUGCAUGGGGUUCGACCCCAGGCCUCACGGGGCUGGCAUGUGGCUUUAGAAGGGGACAUGUGAGUCAGACACCUUGCUUGUUACAACAGUGGCCCUUACUCCCCUGCCUUCCCUGGCCAGAUUCCUCCAUCCCCACUGAAACAGAGGGACUUCUGAGACUUCUGAGCCCAGGCACCCCCAUUUGGUGCAGCUAUCUUUGAGGUCAAAUCACUGUGCCUGGUUGCUGGGAAUGGCUGUCACAUAAUGGGAGAUGAGGAAAGCGAGGCCUGGGGGGUUGCCGGACGUGGCCCCCAUGUCACCAGCAGCCCAGCUCUCCCAGUGCAGAGUCCCUCAUGACUGUUGGUACCUGUGGUGUCUCUGGGGGAGAGCUGGCCUUCAUCCUAGAGCUCGAAUGCUGGAGCCUGGUGGGGCACUUCAAGUCCCCCUGAUGGGAAAUGGUAUGACUCGUCUCUGGGAAGUGGGAGCUUGCCGUGGCUCUGCUGCUGGCAUUCUGAUGGGCAGCUAGUCCCCAUUCAAGGAUGGGGAGGCCUGGCGAGGGUGUGUGUGAGCAUUCUGAGUCUUCACAUUUCUGGGGGCCUGAGGCAGCAGGAGGGGGCCCGGACUUCUGGCCUAGCUUCCCCAUGCGCUGCCUGCGUGGCAAGACCGCCCUGAGGAGCCAGGGAAAGCACACAGGCAGGAAGGUGCCCCAUGGAGUUGCUGGCUACAACCCAGCCCCCAUCUCCAGCCUCGAGCACUAACCACGACCCAGGAGCCGUGGUGGUCACACCCACCUAGGGCCUAUUUCAUGGGUAGCCCAAGCGCCCAAGGGGCCAUGGGAUGUCAGGUCUGGAAGCAUCUUAGCUGAUCUCGCCAGGUGAAGGACAGGGUGGAGCAGACAGAGACAGGAAGGGGCUUGUGGGGUAAACCUGCCCCCUGCCCAUCUUCAGUCCUCAUGUGCCAGGCCAGCCAAAGCCCAGGUUGUCAACAGCCACAGCCACUGCACAGUGCUGCUGGUGACUACCUCAAAAAUCUUGGCAUCGCGCAGGCACAUCUCGAGAGUGUGGGUUCCUGACCACCACAUGCAGUUAUCAUCGCCAUAACGUGAGUGAUACGAAUACUUGGGUUUCCCAGUACAUGUAAAAGUCAGUUAUACUAAACUGUAGUCUACUAAGCGUGUAAUAGCUUAUUUCUAUAAAUAACAGUGCACACACCUUAAUUACGUGUGACUCAGAGAUGGGAAGGGAGCACAUGCCGAGAGAAAUGGCGCUGGUAGACUUGUUAGAUGCAGGUUGACACAAACCUCCAAUUUGUAAUAACAAUAUCCGCAAAGUGCAAUAAAGCCAGGUGUGCCUGUAGGGCCUUCUGCACAAGGCUGUGGCACUAAGACUCCAUGGUUGCUGUGGGCCAGGAAUACUCUGUCAGAGCCAGGGCCGUGCCCUGGAGCCCAGGGUGGAGGAGUAGGACCACCUGUUGCCUGCUAGCAAAGGACCCAG